UCCUUAAUGGCACACAAAUAAGCCCUACAAAAAUUUAAAGUCCCUCUCACAUUUCAAAAUUCAUUCGUUAACACUUUUACUUUCGCUAUCAGAGAGAUCCACGAACUCCAUUCUCCAACAGAUCCAUCCGUUCACCUUAAAUUGAAAUCUGUUGACCAACAAAGUAGAAAAAAAAUCAAGCAAUGUGGGUGUCCAGUAGAUGCGGGUUUCGUUUAUAGCUUAUGCAAUCUCGAGUUGACCUCUAAUGGAGUUUACAGAAGCUUAUAAGCAAACUGGUUCUUAUGCUUUCUCACCAAAUGCUCGAUUUCUCGCUGUCGCUGUUGAUUAUCGUCUCGUGAUUCGUGAUGUUCUCUCACUCAAGGUGGUGCAACUGUUUUCAUGUCUGGACAAGAUUACAUACAUUGAAUGGGCCCCUGAUUCCGAAUAUAUACUUUGUGGUCUUUACAAGAAACCUAUGAUACAAGCAUGGUCUUUGACACAACCUGAGUGGACGUGUAAAAUAGAUGAAGGUCCUGCAGGAGUUGCUUAUGCUAGGUGGAGUCCAGACAGUCGUCACAUACUCACCACAUCUGACUUUCAAUUACGGUUAACUGUUUGGUCGCUGGUUAACACGGCAUGCAUACAUGUUCAAUGGCCAAAACAUGGGUCUAAGGGGGUAUCAUUUACCAAGGAUGGAAAGUUUGCUGCUAUUUGCACCAGACGCGAUUGCAAGGAUUAUGUUAAUCUGCUAUCUUGUCAUACAUGGGAGAUAAUGGGUGUUUUUGCUGUCGAUACAUUAGAUUUGGCUGAUGUUCAGUGGUCUGCAGAUGACAGUGCUAUAGUCAUCUGGGAUUCUCCUCUUGAGUACAAGGUUUUGAUCUAUUCUCCAGAUGGGAGGUGCCUGGCUAAGUAUCAAGCAUAUGAGAGUGGCCUAGGAGUAAAAAGUGUUUCAUGGUCACCUUGCAGCCAGUUUUUAGCAGUGGGAAGCUAUGACCAGAUGUUAAGGGUUUUGAAUCACCUGACGUGGAAAGUAUUUGCAGAAUUUGUGCACCCGUCUGCUGUUAGAGGUCCUUGUUGUGCUGCUAUUUUCAAGGAAGUGGAUGAGGAACUUGAUAUGUCAGAAUUAUCACUAGGAGAUGAUUUUGUCCAGUAUAGUAGUGAUAAUGCUUCCGAGGCACAUAUUCAAGUCAGAUACAAUGUUUUGGAGGUACCUAUCAAUCUCCCUUCUCAGAAACCACCUGCAGAUAAGCCAAAUCCCAAGCAAGGAAUCAGCCUGAUGUCAUGGAGCAGUGAUAGUCAAUAUAUUUGCACUCGCAAUGAUAGCAUGCCUACUGUACUAUGGAUAUGGGACAUAAACCAUCUUGAGCUAGCUGCCAUCUUAGUUCAAAAAGAUCCCAUCCGAGCUGCAGCCUGGGAUCCCACAUUUCCACGUUUGGUUUUAUGUACUGGAAGCUCCCACAUAUACAUGUGGACACCUUCAGGUGCUUAUUGCAUAAAUGUUCCAUUGCCUCAAUUUGCGGUAAUUGAUCUGAAAUGGAACUCCGAUGGGAGCUGUCUUUUUCUCAAAGACAAGGAGUCAUUCUGCUGUGCUUCUCCGGAGAUACUGCAAGAAUCCAGUGAUUAUAGCUCUGAUGAUUGAUGCUUCCAUCAUCACACAUUAUGAAACUUUAUGGAGCUGAAAUCUUUUGUUCAUCACACCUCCCAAAGUGAGUAUCCUUCGUCAAGGCGACAGCUUUGCUUGCUUAUUAUUUUUCAGUUUGCACUAUUGACAGGAAGAAGAGGUAAUCUAAGGCUGUGAUAAUCUUGUUUAUUUGCUUUCUAAUGGUGUAUAUUUGAGAUCCAAAAUAGUAGGACGGAUUUUAGAAAUCUGGAUUUGUAACAUUAUCUCCUAAUAGAUAGGUCAAAGGGUGUCUCUAGAGAGCACCUUUGCUUAUGUUGGGGAUCAAGUGUAAUGUACUAACACCUUUUUUUCUAGUUAAUGCGCAACGCCUGAAGCACAACUAUUGCCAACUUGCAAUGGAGCUUAUCUGAAGUUCCAUUCUUCAGGUGGCAUAAACUUAAUUGUAGUUCUUGGUUUUCUUUU